GUGGGUGCUCCCGUAAAAGGGUGGGGUGCAGUACCAGCUGAAUUUGUCAAACUAUUUCAUUCAUAACUGUGUGCCGGUAUUUCACAUUGCGAGGAUUUGAUUGUAUAGUAAUUCUUCCAUUCUUUUUUCUGAAUGGACGUAAAAAAUUUACGCACCGUUUGGCAAUUAUUACGUUCAAUUGUAGCUCAUGAAUGAGCCACUUCUCGUAUUCUUGUACUAAUAAUGAAUGGAAUGAACUAAAGGAAUCACGGACUCUGAACCAUUUCUGUCAGCUGUCAAAUCAUGUAAUAAUUUACGUUACCCAUAACAAUAUACGUGGGGGUUUAUUUCCAAGAACAAUUAUUACUAUCGUCAAUUUCAUUAGAACGUGCAUCACGCAGGCUAUCGUCUUCCUUGUUAUUGUACACUCAUCUAUAACAAAUAACUUCGCAAAUGUAGUGGACACCUGAAUAAUAAACUGCAAUUGCGUUCUCCAGUUAUUUAAAUCAAGCAAUGUCUUCCGGAGGUGGUGGAAGUUUUAUAAGUAAACCAGCAAGGGGCUGGUUACAUUCAGAUAAUCAAGUCACAAAAGAAGGCAUUACAUAUGCUGUCAGGUAUAUUGGAUGUCUGGAGGUAUAUACAUCUAUGAAAAGCUUGGAUUUUGAAACACGAUCAUGCGUUGCUAAAGAGUGUAUAAACAGAGUCUGUGAAGCAGCUGGGUUGAAAUCCGCUGAUAAAAAGAGGCGGGUUGAUAGAAAAGUCCUAAAAGCAAUUGCGGAUAAACCUCGAAUGGAACAUGCAGGGGCUAAUAUUAAUCUCGUAAUAAGUAGCUGCAGUUUAGCGCUGUCUAUGCUUGAUUCUGGGACAUUAAUUGCCAAACAUGAUAUGCCCCGAAUAUCUUUCGCAUCUGGUGGGGAUACGGAUACCUUGGAUUUUGUCGCAUACAUUGCUAAGAAUCUCAAAGACUGGCGAGCCUGCUAUGUUUUAGAAUGUGGUGGAGGAUUGGCACAAGAUGUAAUCGCGACAAUUGGUCAAGCCUUUGAAUUGAGAUUCAAAGAAUUCCUCACCAAGCCUUCGUCUGUCUACACUGGGCUAACUGCUUCGCGAGAUGUCGAUAGAGACUAUUACAACGAUUUACCAGGAAAGGUACCGCCAGAUAUUGGUCCACCUCCCGUACCUCCCCUGCCAAUUAAUGCUUCGACAUUGCCCAACUUAAAACACCAUUCCAAUCAUAAUCAUGGAGCAUCUAGUACUACACAAUCCACUUCACUUACAGACACCCUCACGAGCAAUCGGGGUAGACAAGCUCAACAAUGGCCAGAAACUGGAAAUUUGAUCGAUUUGAGUUCUGACACCGCGUCAGCAUUACCAUCAAGCAGCAUUGUCGUCGAGCAUAACUAUGUUAAUGAUACAGUUAUUGCUGCGAAUAGAGAAAUGCGACGAGAACAGAGAGACGCAUUUGAUAUGCAGCCUUUCAACACCGCGAUACCCGAUGUUAGUAAACUGAGUCCACAAUCGCAAAAGCAACAGUUAAAACGUGAGAUUUGGUUUCACGGUAGUAUAAGUCGAGCAGAAGCUGAAUCUAUGCUUACUAAGGAUGGGGACUUUCUUGUUAGAGAAUCCCAAGGAUCUCCAGGACAGUACGUUCUCACAGGAAUGAACGGCGGUACACCGAGACAUUUAUUACUCAUAGACCCAGAAGGCGUUGUACGUACAAAGGAUCGUGUCUUCGACAGUGUCAGCCAUCUGAUAAAUGACCACUGCGACAAUGCACUUCCGAUAAUAUCUGCAGAUAGUACUUUGGUACUUCGUUAUCCAGUUUCCCGACGCACGGAUCAAUUUAACGAAGGUCGGAAAUGAUGUUUUUCCAGAGCACAGGGGCCUAAGCAUUGCCCAAACUACUAUAAAUAGCAACUUACAAUUAUCGAAUUACCGUUCUCAACCAUCCAAACAAUUAGGUGAUACAUUUUUCCCUGACUAUCCAUGACUCAAAUACAGGCGUACCAGGAUAUUCUCCCAAAAUUAGGGUCCACCUAAGAGAAAAAAUAAAAUUACUGAAUCAAUGCCACUUCAAAGAUAUCGUCUGUUAACAAACUGCACACGUUGUUUAAAUAGAAAAAAGCCAUUACUUCAGUUCAAAUUAUAAUAAAACUUUUUUCGUAUACUUAUUGUAUAUCUAAAAUAGAAAGAUACAUAUAUUUGAGAAUAUAAUUAUGGGUAUGAAUGUAUAGUUAAAUUCAGAUAUAAUAUCUACCUACGUUUAUAGAUAAAUAACGUUGGAGAAUUUUUUCCGAAUUGUUGCAAUUAUCCUAUCAUGUAAACCAGUGCGCAAAAUGAAAUCUAUUUUGUUUCAAUCAUUGACUGUCUUUUUCCAGAAUUCCUAUUAAACUACGUUCAACAAAAAACCAAAAAGAGCAAGCUCACAUUCCAUGAAAAUAUCCGUCCUGUAAUAAACACACUUUUUUUUUCAUCAGAUGUUUUAUACGUAUUUCACUAGGCACGUGCAUUUGUAGUCUAUUUAACUGUAAGUAGAAAAUCAACAAGUCACAACAAUUCGUCAUUGUUUGGAUAGGCGGUGAAAAUAGUCAACAAAUAUUUAAUUUAAGUGAUUCGAUCAAAAAUAUGUACCUGGACUGCCAUAUUCUACAGGAAAAAUAAUCCAGAAUUCGAAUUUUUUUUAUAAUUCACUGAAGUAUUGCCCUAUUUGUACAUUUAUUUAUCUAGAUUGUCUGUUUUUUGUUUCUUUUUUUUGAAUUAUGAAAUUUUACAACAUAAUUGGGUCAACUCGUUAUGCAGUUGAUGAAUAAAAAUAUACUAUAUUACCAGA